GCUAUAUCCUGGCUUGCCUCACUCAGCACACAACUUCUGCUACCCUCGCCUUCAUUAUCCGUACAUAUCGCCGUUUGGUUGCUGAGUACGCAACUCUUUACCAAUCCUACCUACCUCUCCAUCUGCAUCUUGGACGGCUUUCCGCUUCCUCAUGUCGCUUCUGCAGUCUCCUGCUCCCUCUCUCUCCCCUUCAAACACAAGACUCUGGUUCCCUCAUCCUACGCUCGGGUUUCCUUUCCGUCAGUGUCACUAUCCCCUUCUAGCGCGGUCGCCUCCACACCCCCCGGCUUGGCCGCCGUAUCGACCAUCGUAUCCCCCGUGGUCUCUCGCUCUCUCUCUCUCAGUCUCUCUCUCUUUUCCUCUGCUUGGGUUCAAUUUCCCGUCGACCAGCUGUUGGUCAUGGUUAUUGACACACUUGCGCCCCCCGUGUGGGCCUCGUCGUCCCAUUCGAUCCGAGGCAUUGACAUUUGCGGCCAAGUACGGCAAAGUUGCCAGGAACCGUCAUUUCCUCCAAGCCAUUUCCAAGCCCAUCCGUCCCUCGGCCUGUUGUUCCGUGACCCUCUUGUCUUUGUCUGCUUCUCCGCGCUGUCUGUGUUUCUGGUACCUUGCAUUGGUUCAUCCGCAGUCCCGAACCCUCUGCCCAGUGCCGUCAGAAGGUACGGAGUACGGAACAUUAUUGAGUACACUACCCGUACUACGGAGGAGUAUGUGCGAAUAUAG